GCGGAGCGGCGGGAGCUAGACGCGUUCCCCUGGUCCUCUCCGAAGGUCGCGGGUCGGCUGUAGCCUCGGCCGCGUUCCGCUUCUGCGUCCUCGUCAGCGGCGGUCCCUGGCGCAGCGAGAGGAUGGUGGUCCGCGUGUUCGUCGCCUCGUCCUCGGGCUUCGUGGCGAUCAAGAAGAAGCAGCAGGAUGUGGUUAGAUUUCUGGAAGCCAACAAGAUAGAGUUCGAGGAGGUGGACAUCACCAUGUCGGAAGAACAGAGGCAGUGGAUGUACAAAAACAUUCCCCCUGAGAAGAAGCCUGCGCAGGGCAACCCUCUGCCACCUCAGAUAUUUAACGGCGACCGAUACUGUGGAGACUAUGACAGUUUUUUUGAAUCAAAGGAGAGCAACACAGUCUUUUCAUUUUUAGGCCUGAAGCCGCGGCCAGCAUCCACGGCCGAGCCUUAGACAUAAAGGGUGAAGGUGAUGGAGUUGCAUUUGGAGCACCGUGGUACUCAACACAUACCUGCUUACCUGAUGCAUCACUGUGACAAAGCCACACGCACAAUCGGCAACCUUGCUUGACCUGGAAAAGGUGUUUUUGGAGGACGUGGGGAUGAUGGGGACUGCUUGAUUGCUCUAAGCUAAUCGGGGCUCUGGUGGUGGAGUUUCUUCUUUUCUCUUUUGCUUACGGUUGCCUCACCUGAAAAUACCGCCGCCUGUUAUCGUCUGCUUCCUUAAUGACUGAAGGCCAAUAGGGCAGCACCAUCGGGGAGAAGAUGUUGGACCUGCCCCAAAUCUUACUAGACACAAGUACUGCAUAAAACCAUUCCUCUCUAAGCCACCUGCAUUGUAUCCUUGAAGCCAGUUUGCCAAGAUGGUAACGUCUUUGAAUCAGAAAGGAAAAAAAAAAAAGAACAAUGCUGGUUGGCUGGUUGGCAAAGGGCGGACAUUGAGGGUUCUUCUUGCAGAAUCACAAAUGUCACCAUUCUGGUACUUCGUAAUAAUCUGCUGAAGAAGUUAGAUGCUCUCAACUCCUCUCUGUAAUGGGAACCCUCACCCCAUCAAUUCUGCAGGCUCCUACAGGUGCUUCCAGAACCGCCGCUGCAACAUUGCACUACUACAGCCAAGUUACAGGACAGAAAAGAAUUGCCUUCGGGAAAUAUCUCCUUCCUUAUCCCUCGCAAGGGGGACAUCUCACUGUAUGCAUAAGACUGCUUGGGAGAUGUAUUUUAAGAAGUAAAUUAAUAAGAAAGUUUGCUCUGUCCGUAUGCAAAGGCAUUUUCAGCUCUUGUAGUUUACUUACGCAAACACACGCACGCAUGCACGCACGCACGUGUGCACAUAUAUUUUUAAAUGCAGCUUCCCUGAGUAACAGCUGCUUGUUCUAUUUUGUGAAGGGAUUAUAUUUUUGGAGAAAGGAAAUACUCGGUUAGAUAUAUUUUGUGAGCUGUUGAUGAAGUGCAUUGGAAGGCGCCAGUACUGCUGGGGCUGGGCUUAGCGGAAGAAGACUUGCAUAGCACACACAAGCUGCUGCGCUCAGCUCCAGCGCCACGGGAAACAGACACCAGCACUGCUUACCAUUUAUUCUCUGUUCAUAUUCAGACCAGUUCGCAGUCUCAAACUUUUCAGAAUAAUACAAACACACAUUCUUGCUUCAUGUAUGAGAACAGGUGAUAUUUCAGAGAGCUUAGAGAGAAAGGGGGCUGUCUAGGGAGUCGUCCAUCGAUCUUGAGGAGCAAAAUCCCUGCUCCCUUUGGGUGGACAUUGGUACACACCGAACAGCUCUAGUUCAUCAGGGCAGAGAUUAUCUUUCUACAUCCUGGCAUAUUUUAGAGUUAAUACCCAAACAUAGGGCCAGCCUUGAAUAGGAUAAACUCAGGGGUGACUGAAAUCACCACCUACCCCUAGCAGCGUGAUGUGGGACCUUUCACUCUGACUGUGAAAAGGAAAUGUUUGAGAAAUUGAAAGAGCAGGCUAGCGGCUCUCUCUGCCCCCUGCACCGUGAGCUCUGACACAUGUUCUGAGGUGUUUUGUUGAAUGCUAAAAUUGAGAUCCCCCCUAAGAGUUGCAGACCUAUUACAGCCAGAAGACAGGACAGCUUUCUUCAUGAAUGGACCAAAUGCCUGACAUAAAAUUUUCUCUCCAGAGAAAGCUUGUCAAGUCAUGGAUAUUACUGUCUAGUUGGUAUUAAACAAUAUCCAGGUCAAACUCCAUUUGAUAAAUCCCAGGGACUUUUGUGUUUUGUUUUGUUUUGUUUCCUUUCUCUUCUACCUGGAUGUUGUACUUGAGUUUGUGAAUCUUCUGACGAGACACAUGUCCAUUUAAAAUAGAGCGAUUUUAAAGUUAUCUCAUGAAAUCAGCCCAGCUUACCUUGACUGAGUCUAUUCUUGCCAAUGAGUGCCAAGAACCAGUUUAGAAAAGUGAAGUCUUACCAUGUUUUGGAUUAUAGGAGCAUCACCAUACUUGGGAGACAGAAAGCUACCCAGAUGUGUCAGUAUACCUUUCUGAUUGGCCAUACCAUACCUACUGUGACCUUGUUAAAACACUGAGCAGACAGUGUGCUUAGAAUUGCUAUCACAGUUGCAUACCGUUUUCUUGCCAUGAUUCUUUUUGAACAAACACUGGAGAGUCAGCAACCAAAACAUGAGGUUAGUGGUUGUUCCUUCUUCCCGUGGCUAAAAAUCCAGGGUAUGGAGUUGACCGUAGUUCCCAGGCAAUGGUGUGUGUAGAGCACACUGGGUCUUUACUGAGUGACAGACUGACUUUCCUCCUCCUGUCUUCCUUUACCUCUUUCUAUUGCUUCUUGCUUGGGACAGAGUCUUGCUAUGUAGACCUCUGCCUCCCAAGUGCUAGGAUUGCAUACUUGGCUGAACUAGUGUUCUUAUUACCUUUGGCUGCCUCUAGAUUUGGUCACCACCAUCUUCAAAGCCUAGGAGAGAAGUAAAGAAGUACAGGCAAGGCUGUAAGGCCAGCUUUAAGGCAGAGUGUGGACUUCCUUGUGGGACCAAGGAAAUGUGCUGUUGACACCAAAUGGUGCCAUUUAAACCAUAGGUGAGCAUGGAAUGCCACACUGCCAAGUGUCUGCAGACCAGAAGAAGAUUUAGUUAAGAAAAUACUUUGCCAAAUCCUGGGGGUUUACUAAAAUCGAAGAGGAGAAAAAGAAGACAUUUUGCCUGGAGAUGCUAAUACAUUUGGGUUUGUUUUCUAUUUUGUAAAGUUAACCCAACAUUUUGCUUUUAUAUUGUGUGAAUUUAACCAUAUAAAGAUUUUUUUCUUUUGUUACUGAAAGGUACCAAAGACUUUUUAUGUUUCAUUUGGUUUGUUUAAUUUUAUUGUGGGAUUUGUUUUUUUUUUUUUCUAGAAAUACUUUGAUAUAGGUUUGUCCCUAAGUGUCUGGGUCUACUUCACUCUGUGUAAUUGUUUUGAUUUCAGUCUGUUUGUAUCUGUCUCUCAAGGCAUUGGUGAAAUCUCAGAUUUUAUAGUCUUCAUUAAAGGAGAAUAAAUUCCAGAAAACAUGGCAUUCU